AAUCUACCCAGCAUGCCUAAUCAAGGAGAAGACUGCUAUUUUUUUUUCUAUUCUACAUGUACCAAAGGUGAGAGCUGCCCAUUCCGUCACUGUGAAGCUGCACUAGGAAAUGAAACUGUUUGCACAUUAUGGCAAGAAGGGCGAUGCUUUCGACAGGUGUGCAGGUUCCGUCACAUGGAGAUUGAUAAAAAACGCAGUGAGAUUCCUUGCUACUGGGAGAAUCAGCCUUUGGGAUGUCAAAAACUGAACUGCGCUUUCCAUCACAACAGAGGACGUUACGUUGACGGCCUAUUUCUACCUCCGAGCAAAACUGUGUUACCCACCGUGCCUGAGACACCAGAUGAGGAAGCAAAGGCCAGCCAACUUACAGUUCAACAGAACAAAUUGUCUGCCCAAUCUAAUCCCUCCCCCCAGCUGCGGAGUGUUAUGAAAGUAGAAAGUUCAGAAAAUGUUCCUAGCCCCACACAUCCACCAGUUGUAAUCAAUGCUGCUGAUGAUGAUGAAGAUGAUGAUGAUCAGUUUUCUGAAGAAGGUGAUGAAACCAAGACACCUAUUCUCCAAGCAACUCCUGAAGUUCAUAAUGGAUUACGAGUGGCUUCUACCUGGAAACCUGGGGUUAAUUUAAAGCAAGGUGAAUGUUUGAAUUUUGGAAUAAAAACUCUUGAGGAAAUCAAAUUAAAGAAAAUGAAGGAAAAAUCUAAGAAGCAAGGUGAAGGUACUUCGGGAGUUUCGAGCCUUUUACUACAAUCCCAGCCUGUUCCAGGUCCAGAGAAGGAGAAUGUCCGCACUGUGGUGAGGACAGUAACUCUGUCCACUAAACAAGGAGAACAACCAAUGGUUAAAUUGAGCCUUACUGAGAGACUGGGGAAACGAAAAUUUUCAGGAGGUGGUGACAGUGAUCCUCCAUUAAAGCGUAGCCUUGCACAGAGACUAGGCAAGAAGGUUGAUGCACCGGAAACCAGCUUUGACAAGACAUCAAAAAAAGUUCACAUUUCUAAGUCUCUGAAGGAGCGAUUAGGUACAUCUUCAGACCCAAACAGCGAGAAGGCAGCAGAGAAAGUUACUAAAGUUGGUGAGAUCCAUGUGAAGACACUAGAAGAAAUUCUUCUUGAAAGAGCCAGUCAAAAGCGUGGAGAAUUGCAAACUAAGCUCAAGACAGAAGGGCCGUCAAAAAUUGAUGAUUCUGCUUCCUCAGCAAGAAGCUCCCCCAAUAUACGAAUCAAAACCUUCUCUGAGGUGCUCGCUGAAAAGAAACAUCGGCAACAGGAAGCAGAGAGGCAGAAAACCAAAAAGGAUGUGACUUGCAUCAAGUUAAAGACUGAUAGUGAAGUUAAAAAGCCACAUGUUGUUGCCAGCAAAGGUCUGUCAGAGGAGCCUGCAAGUAAAACAAAGUCAGUGCACGAGGUGCAUGUUAAAACGCUGGAGGAAAUUAAGCUGGAGAAGGCCCUGCGGGUGCAGCAGAUCUCAGAGGGCAGCACCAACUCCCAGCCGCCACCUGAGGGCACAGCAGGGGCAAAGAGGCUUCUGCGCUUCGCCAAAAGAACAGGUUCAAAAGAUGAGAAGAAACUUCAGGAAGGAGGUGAAGUUGCACCUCAGGGCGGUGUUCUGGUGAGAACAGAGGCUACAGAGGUUUCUAAUAAGAUUGUAGAAAUUGGCACUUCUAAAAUUCAAGUCACUAGAUGUGAGACCUUGAGAGAAAAGCACAUUCAAAAACAGCCAGAGAAGGAAGUCUCACAAAAGGAAAAAUCUGUUUUGACACCUCUUCAGGGAGGUGGGGCCUCUUGCAAUGCUCAAGUGCUAGAGAAGCCAGUAGUCACUAGCAUACCUGGCUUCACUCGGCACCCAGCAAAGCGGCUGACCACAAAGCCGUCACAGAAGUUGGAAGCAGUAGAAACCUCAGGAAUUGGAGAUUCCGUAUUGAAUGUGAAGUGUGCAACACAGCCUUUGGAAAAAAGGGGUAAAGCUAAACCCAAAAUGAAUGUGAAGCCAUCUGUGGUUAAAGUUGUUUCAUCCCCCAAGUUGGCCCCAAAACGCAAGGCAGUAGAGGACCAGCCAGCUGUCAUUGCAGCCGUAAAGCCGCUCAGUUCCAGCAGCAUCCUGCAGGAGAUCCCAGCCAAGAGAACAGCUAUGGCUGUUGUUCCCCUCCUCUCUGAGGACAAAGCAGAGGACACACCAGUCACUGUGCCUGAGACAGAGAAACCUAGGGACAGUCUUGUGCUCCCUCCACCACCUCAGUCCUCUUCCGAUCCCUCACCACCAGAAGUAUCUGGCCCGUCCUCAUCCCAAGUAGCUGUGAAAACUCGCCGACUCAGCUCUGUUUCUGCAGGAAAGCCCAUGCUCUCUGUGGACGAUGACUUUGAAAAACUAAUAUGGGAGAUUUCAGGAGGCAAAUUAGAAGCCGAGAUUGACCUAGAUCCUGGAAAAAAUGAAGAGGACCUUCUGCUAGAGCUGUCAGAAAUGAUUGAUAGCUGA